UGCCGCGCGAGAGCAUAUCAACAUCAACAAACCCGUUUUUUAUUUAGUCCAUUGAAGUGAAUUAAAGGUCGUAUUUAGACAGUCAUCUUGAGGCGAACUUGGAGCAAAUUCUUUGGUCGACCAAAAAAAUUGAAUUGAAAAAUUGAAAAAUUCAUUUUCAUACGCCGACAUGUUGAAGAAUAUGGUUGCUGUUGUUACUGGUGCUGUCAAUGGUUUGGGACGACAAACCCUUGCUCAUUUCUGUAAAGAAAAUGCCUGUGUUUUUGGCUGUGAUAUUCGAGAUGAUAAUGGUGAAUUGGGAAAAACAUUUGGCAGCAGUGUAGCUUUUUUAAAAGCUGAUGUACGCAGUGAAGAUGACAUGCAAGAUGUGUUCAAUCAAGCCAGGGAAAGAUUUGGAAAAGUUGACAUUUUAGUUAAUUGUGCAGGAUACUCUGCAGCAUUCCUUACGAUCACUGCCGCUGGCAAAGUGUUUGAACUUGAAACCUUUCAGCGCUUAUUAGAGGUAAACAUUACUGGCCAGUUUAAUGCAUCCCGGCUAGCUGCUGUAGAAAUGGCAAAAAACAAGCCGACCGAAGAUGGUGAUCGUGGUGUCAUUAUUCUUACGUCUGGCUUCACAGCAAGUUCUCCUCGAAGAGGUCAUGCAGGUAUAAGUGCAUGUCAUGGUGGGAUUAAUAGCAUGACUUUGCCCAUGGCAAGAGACUUGGGACCUUUAGGAAUCAGAGUUGCAACUAUAUCACCAGGUCUUUUUGCAACACCUUUAACCAGCAGUAUUCCAGAUGACAUUAAAGAGUUCCUCGAAUUCUGCCAAGCAUUUCCUCACCGAUUUGGUGAACCCAUUGAAUAUUCAGAUCUGGCACUUCACAUUAUAAAAAAUAAAAUGAUUAAUGGAGAAGUGUUAUCAAUUGAUGGUGGUUUGUCUUUACCAGCCAAAUAGUCUCACUAAUUUUUUGUUGAGUUUCUAGUAAAUGUGUUUUCUCUUUGGUGACAUUUAGCUAUUUCCAAGUUGUAAAUAAAGUUUACUGUUAGAUCCUUC